AUGGCGGAGGCUGAGCUUUCCUUUUUUUCUCUCUCACUCGCUCGGAGAGACGAAGGAUUCAAGAAGACGUUGCGUUUCUGCGAGAAAGCAGGCCCGUUCCGCUUUGAGGACGAGGAGGAUCUCCAAUUGGUGCUAGAUAACAGACCAUACCACCACAACUAUUGGAUGGUUAUCCUCCAACGCUGGGAACCAGUCAUCUCAGACUCCUUCCCCUCCAUGAUUCCCUUCUGGGUCUCCAUAAAGGGACUUCCCCUUCAUUACUGGCACGAAACCAUGGUCUUUAACGUGGGUAAAAAACUCGGAGCUUACGAGGGCCAAGAGCUUACAAAGACAUCUGCAAGAACAAGAGUUCUGGUCAACGGACUACAACCACUCAUAAAAGAGACUAUACUGGAGUUUGGGUCAGGAGAGGAAUACAAACUGACCUUGGAGUACGAACGGCUUGAGAACCAUUGCUCCUACUGCUCUUGCCUCACCCACAUGAGCUACGAAUGCCCAGAGAAGCAGGAGAAAGCAACACAGGAGAGAAACAAAAACAGAGAAGGAACCCUCAGAAGGAGAUCGCUCUUCCCCGACAAAGAAGAAACCUUCUGGAGAGUGAAGCGAUCUACACCUCAGCAAAAUGAAUCAGCCAUAUCCCCUCUAUCCUCAAAGCAACUAGAUCUCCAGCAUGACGUUGUCCCAAUUGCUCAGGUUCCUUCUACAGAAGAAGUUCUAGCAGAGAUUCAAGAAGCGACAAACUUGUAUCUGAGCUGCCCUGACCCUACGGAAGCGGCAACAAGAAGGCAAAGAUUCCUACAAGAAGACACGCAAGAGUUACUAGCCAAGACAGCAGCAUGCAUUAUUGCAGCAGCGGCAUGA